GUGCUCGCAAAGCGGGGACGGGGAAGGAGAAGGAUCGGGAUUGGUGUUAUACAAUGACAGCUUAUGUUUGGUUGGGGUGCUACAGCCGGUGGCUGGGGGUUCAUAGGUUAGGCAUUGGCAGCGCUCGGGAGUGUCUUUCCAGUUGGACAGUCCCGGGAACUAGAAAGUUGUACACGGUAGUAAACCAGAUAGGUUCUAGAUCUUGUUACAACCAGGUUACAUCAGCGAGGACAUCGCUUAGCCGGAACCUCAGGGCAGCUACCUCCUCUUUCUAUUCGGUUCAGCGACACCAGCAAGCAGUGCACAGCCGUGCCUUUCAUGACUUCGGAAACCGUGGAAAUAGUGCUUUUUCUGGGGACGAUGGUGUGGAGAGCGGAGGCAGCGGGGAAGAUGAAGGGGGUAGUGGAGGGGACGAGGGAGGCAGCAGUGGGGUAGAGAGCGCUGAGUACACUGCGCCCCUCGUGACAGCUCUUACCCCGUUGAUUGUCCCAGAGGUCUUUCCUAAUGUCCCUGUGAUCGCUGUGUCCAGAAAUCCAGUGUUUCCCCGUUUCGUCAAGAUUAUAGAGGUCAAAAAUCCAAAUCUGAUGGCCGUUUUAAGACGGAAAGUACGCUUGGCACAGCCAUAUGCUGGAGUAUUUCUCAAAAAGGAUGACAAUAAUGAGUCAGAUGUUGUUGGAAGCCUAGAUGAAAUCUAUCAGACUGGAACCUUUGUUCAGAUCCAUGAGAUGCAAGACAUGGAGGACAAGCUGCGUAUGAUUGUCAUGGGCCACAGGAGAAUACGUAUCAACAAGGAGCUUGAUGUGGAAGCAGAUGGGGCCAAAAGUGAAGAAAAAGCAGAAGGGAAAAGGAAAGGACGUAAUUCAGCAUCACGGCUAAUCAAGGAGAUGGAGAAAAGGGAGCAGAUGUUGAUUGAUCCAAAUGUUCCCGCAGGGGUACUGAUGGUGGAAGUGGACAACGUGGUUCAUGAGGAAUUCCAGAACUCGGAGGAAGUCAAAGCUCUAACAGCUGAAAUAGUGAAAACCAUCCGUGAUAUCAUAGCACUAAAUCCUCUGUACAGAGAGUCAGUCAUGCAGAUGAUGCAGGCUGGUCAAAGAGUGGUGGACAAUCCGAUCUAUUUAAGUGACAUGGGGGCAGCACUGACUGGAGCCGAGUCCCAGGAGCUGCAAGAUGUCUUGGAAGAGACAAAUAUACCAAAGAGGCUGUACAAAUCACUUUCUUUGUUGAAGAAGGAAUUUGAGCUAAGUAAACUUCAACAGAGACUUGGCCGUGAGGUGGAGGAGAAAAUAAAGCAAACGCACAGGAAGUACCUGCUGCAGGAGCAGCUGAAAAUAAUCAAGAAGGAACUUGGUUUAGAGAAGGAAGACAAGGAUGCCAUUGAGGAGAAAUUCCGAGAGCGUUUAAAGGAGCUCACAGUUCCCAAGCAUGUCAUGGAGGUCAUCGAUGAAGAGCUUGGCAAGCUGGGUCUACUUGACAAUCAUUCCUCUGAAUUUAAUGUCACACGAAAUUACCUAGACUGGCUGACAUCCAUUCCCUGGGGUAAAUAUAGCCAGGAAAAUCUGGAUCUGAAGAGGGCAGAGGAGGUUUUAGAGGAAGACCACUAUGGAAUGGAGGAUGUGAAAAAGAGAAUAUUGGAAUUCAUAGCCGUCAGCCAGCUACGUGGAAGCACCCAGGGAAAGAUCCUUUGUUUCUACGGCCCUCCCGGAGUAGGAAAGACCAGCAUUGCUCGCUCUAUUGCUCGUGCACUGAGCAGGGAGUACUUUCGGUUCAGUGUGGGGGGUAUGACAGAUGUGGCUGAGAUUAAGGGACACAGGAGAACAUAUGUUGGGGCUAUGCCUGGGAAAAUUAUUCAGUGCCUGAAGAAAACUAAAACUGAGAACCCCCUGAUUCUUAUUGAUGAGGUGGAUAAACUGGGCCGUGGUUAUCAGGGGGAUCCUUCCUCUGCACUUCUGGAACUCUUGGACCCAGAGCAAAACGCUAACUUUCUUGACCAUUACUUGGAUGUUCCCGUCGACUUAUCUAAGGUUCUCUUCAUUUGCACAGCUAAUGUCACAGAGACUAUUCCGGAGCCUCUGCGGGAUCGUAUGGAGAUGAUCAAUGUCUCUGGAUACGUGGCCCAGGAGAAGCUGGCUAUAGCUGAGAGAUACCUGGUACCACAGUCUCUAGCAAUGUGUGGGUUGAAUGAGCAGAAGACCAGGAUUACAUCAGAGGCACUGACCGUGCUAAUCAAACAGUACUGCAGGGAGAGUGGUGUCCGAAACCUCCAGAAACAAGUGGAGAAGGUACUGCGUAAGUCUGCCUUCAAGAUUGUGAACGGAGAGGUUGAAUUUGUUGAGGUGACGCCAGCUAACCUGCAGGACUUUGUUGGAAAACCGAUCUUCACUGUUGAUAGGAUGUACGAUGUCACUCCACCUGGCGUAGUGAUGGGCCUAGCAUGGACUGCCAUGGGUGGCUCCACACUCUUCAUUGAGACUUCUCUUCGGCGUCCACUGGAUAAGGACAGUAAGGAUGGCUCCCUGGAAGUCACGGGUCAGCUUGGAGAUGUCAUGAAAGAGAGUGCAAAGAUAGCCUACACUUUUGCUCGUGCCUUCCUGAUGACUAAGAAAGCAGAAAAUAAUUUCUUGAUGACGUCGCAUAUCCACUUGCACGUACCAGAGGGUGCCACGCCGAAGGAUGGACCAAGUGCCGGUUGCACCAUCGUCACUGCUCUGCUCUCGCUUGCAUUAGGAUGCCCGGCUCGCCAGGACCUGGCAAUGACUGGAGAGGUUUCAUUGACAGGCAAAAUCUUACCUGUAGGGGGCAUCAAAGAGAAGACUAUUGCUGCUAAGAGAGCUGGGGUUACCUGUAUCAUACUUCCAGCAGAGAACAAGAAGGAUUACUACGACCUGGCUUCCUUCAUCACCGAAGGGCUGGAAGUGCACUUCGUUGAGCAUUAUAAAGAGAUUUAUGACAUUGUGUUUCCAAAACAGUGAUGCCAUUACCUUGUGCUCCACAAGGCGAUCCCCAAUUUCGGUGUCAGAGGGCCACUGGAAUAGCGUGUUUGCUGCCACGCAGCCUCUCAAGAUUUCAUUAUGGAUUAACUUCCUAUUUGGUUUAGUAUAUAUGAUAUUUAAUGACAUUAAAAUGUUUUUUAACUAGAAA